GCCUUGUUUUUGCAAGGUGACUUCGACUUUGACAUAUUGUAAUGAAAUGUAACAUUCAUCCACUCUUGACAUUUGUUCAUGAGAGAAGAAAAGACACCUGCCACCUAUGAUGCCCUGGUACAGAUGGAGUAUCUUGACAUGGUGGUGAAUGAAACUCUCAGAUUAUUCCCCAUUGCCGCAAGAAUUGUGAGGGUCUGUAAGAAAGACGUUGAAAUCAAGGGAGUGUCCAUUCCCAAAGGGGUACUUGUGAUGAUACCAACUUAUGCCCUUCACCGAGACUCAAAGUACUGGCCAGAGCCUGAGGAGUUCCGCCCCAAAAGGUUCAGUAAGAAGAACAAGGACAACAUAGAUCCUUACAUAUACCUGCCCUUUGGAACCGGGCCCCGAAACUGCAUUGGCAUGAGGUUUGCUCUCAUGAACAUGAAACUUGCUCUCGUCAAAAUACUCCAGAACUUCUCCUUCAAACCUUGCAAAGAAACACAGAUCCCCAUGAAAUUCAGCCCAAGGGAACUUAUUCCAGAAAAACCUAUUGUUCUAAAGGUUGAGUCAAGAGAUGGGAUCAUAAGUGGAACCUGACUUUCCCUAAAGGAUUUCUGCUUUGUUCUUCUAGAAACGUCUAAGAACACCAGUGAUUCCAAUUUACACUGUAAAUAAAAUGCAGAAAUGAAGAAGAGCUUAACCUAGGGCACUUGAUCAAUGACUAGGAAAUUGUAUAUUCAUUGAGUUCUCUCAGUGUCUUUUUUUCCCUCCUUUUAUUUCAUCAUAUUAUGGGGGUACAAAUAUAGUUGGGGUUACAUAUAUUGCCCCUGCAGUGUCUUUUGAAGAGUGUAUGUUGUGUGAUAUAAAGGAGGUGACUAAACUAAUGCAUUCCAAUUCUCUGGUCUUCAUAGGAAAAUCUCCACCCAUCCCCAGUUAGUACCAUUGACUCCCUCUCCACUAGCAUAAGAAAAUAAAUUUUU